AUGGAGCUGAAAAAAAUUAACCCGCCCUUCCCCUGGCGCGGUCGUGUGGUGCAUUGUCGAGCGCACCGAGCCGACAGAGUCAAAUUCGACAUCUCGCUGAACGAGAGCAUUUGGUUCGACGACGACAGCGACCAAUUCGAGCUCUCGUACCGGGGCAGGAAGCGCGGCGGAGGAAGUGCGGAGGUGAAAUCUAUCCUGAAGCUGAGAGACAUCACCGGUAUCACUCAUUCCGAAAACUCCCGGAGAGAAAGAGCGACUGUGUGUCGCGCUGAGAAUCGGAAUAUGGAAGACAUAGCAGCAGUCAUGAAGUUCUUGAAAAGAUCGAAUCGUGUACCUCGCGUGGCGUUCCGUCAAGCGUUUUGCUCAUCGGAAGCGAGCACCAAGGACAUAACGAAAAAAUUAGAUGGCCUCGUUUCCAAUAUGCUCAAAGAGGGGUACCUAGUGGAGAGCGUUCACAUGGAUAUGCGAUUCGUGGAGAUCCGGAAAACUACAGAGCCUCAGCGACUGAAGUUGAUACCGUACACUGGUGAGUAUACUUCCUGUACGGCUCGCACGGCAGGCGAUACACUGCUGCGCGAUGACAUCCACGUUGCCAAAGGUACACUGGUAACCGGGCUGGCUGAGAAAGUUUACUCCGAUGGCUCGGUACGGCUGAAAAGUCCUCCGCAGAAGAUUCAUUGCGGCAAGCGAUACGAAGGUAUCAUAGACGGACAGCUGGUGCAUAUGCAGUGCGAAGAAAGACUGAAAGGCGACUGCUGGCGGGUUCUCCUAUUACGAGAUCUCACAUACGCGAUUGUGCCCGAAGAGAAUAUCAAGGGGCCGUUCGACUCUCGCGACACCGGCUCAGUGCGUCUGUGCUUCGUGGGCCGGAAACCCAUCCCCGACAAAGAGUUCGUGGCACGGGUGGAAGCGAUGAAGAACGGAGUGUAUUUCGCCACUAUGGAAGGAGAAACCUUUUUGUCCCGUUUGAGUGUUCGCUCACCCCGGAGAAAGCAUCUUUUAGCUCGCGCCAUCGCAAACGCUGGUGAGAUACUCCUGUCGAGAACGGACCUGGAGCCUUGGAUCGCUGAAUCUUUCGGAGUGACAUUGUCAGAAUACUUGAUUGAAAAACCCGAAAUCCUGGUGCAACUCAACGAGUUGCAGCGAUUCAUGAUCUCAACGUACAAGUUUGCGGGCUUCACCGAUGACGAGUACAUCUCGACCUGUGAUCUGGCGUGUGUGCUAUGCAGUGCCGAGGACCCGGACAAAGAACUCCUCCGGGAAUUGCUAUUACUGUGA